UUACUUGGGAAGCAGUUGGCAUCAGACCUUAGUCGUGGUGAGAUUAUUUCCAUCAUUUUCACUCGGUGGAUUCUCCGUUCCUACCAGGAAUCGGUCCUCAAGCGAAUAGGGAAUCGGGUUCUUGGAGCGCGGGCGGUCCCCGAGUCACGACACCCAACUAGCUUCAGAGACGUCACAGAAGGGGACUUUGAAAGGAACCGAACCUUGAAGCGUGCAACGAUUCAGCAGCUGAAAGACAUGCCUAAACCAAAGAAGGGUAACGAAGCAUCAUUGCCGAUGGAGAUGUGCUCCAACUCGACCUCUGACUACGGCUUCCAAAUGUUUGAUGCUGAUGAAAUUCGGCGACUAGGAAAGAGAUUCCGAAAGCUGGAUCUUGACAACUCUGGGUCUCUCUCGGUUGAAGAAUUUAUGAGCCUUCCAGAACUGCAGCAAAAUCCAUUAGUACAACGAGUCAUAGAUAUAUUUGAUGCAGAUGGAAAUGGUGAAGUGGAUUUCAAAGAAUUCAUCCAGGGUAUGUCACAGUUCAGUGUGAAGGGUGACAAAGAGAGCAAGAUGAGAUUUGCCUUCCGUAUAUAUGACAUGGAUAAUGAUGGCUUCAUUUCGAAUGGGGAACUAUUCCAGGUAUUAAAAAUGAUGGUUGGGAACAACUUGAAAGAUACUCAGCUUCAGCAAAUAGUUGACAAAACUAUCCUCUUUGCUGACAAAGAUGAAGAUGGCAAAAUCAGCUUUGAUGAGUUCUGUGCAGUAGUUGGUAAUACAGAUGUCCACAAAAAGAUGGUGGUUGAUGUGUAGAUCAUGUAUAAUAUGGUUGUUGAAUUUGGGUGCCACUGGCCUAAGGUGCAACUUACUGUUAUCUCUUCUUUAGAUAUGUCAUUGUAAUAGGUCAUUUUUUAAUGAAGGCAUUUUGUCCUUCUGGUUUAUUCUUCCCAUUGGUAAGAAUGGAGAAGCACAUUUUGAUACUCAAGUGAAGGUACAUAUUGUUUUUUAUCAUGGCUAAGUCUAAGCUGUAUGAUAAAAUACAUAUUUUUAUCCCCGCGAUUCAUAUGCCCUUGUAUAUUUUGUAUCAGAAUAAUAGUUCACUUAUCGUGUAAAGAGAAUUGUCUUUGUAUUGCUUUUUUUUUUCUAUGUCUCUAUCUUGAUGUAAUCUCAGAGACCUUGGCUUCUCUGCUUCAAAGUAGGGUCAGGAUUUCCAAGACUUGUUUUACAAGUGCUGGCCAGGAAGCCUUUUUUUUUUCUUUUUUUUUUUUCUUUUCGUGUGUGUGUCUAUUUAACUGCAAUUUUCUAACUUCACCAACUGACCAGGGCUUAAGUGGCACAUUGAGAAAUAUUUAAGACUUGAUAUUCUCUCCAUGUUUGAGCUUAUGUAUGAAGUGUUAAUGCAUUUGAUCUCAUGUUUUUAAUCCCGCCCCCUCCCUGCAUCACAUCUGUAUAGCAUGAAUAUCAUAUUAUUUCCAGAGAUGACUCAUCUAUUGUAAGUCUCCAAUAAGACUAAUAAAUUUCUUCACUUCAUACAUGCAUCACUAUAGUUUUGUUAUAUAUUUGUAAACCAGCAUGCUACUUCCAUUAAGUAGCAGUGCAUGACUUUUCUAUUUAUGUAUUGUGCAUAAUGUGUAAGGGUUUUGAAAAGGCUGAUAUCCUGCAUGGGAUUAGAAAUAAUUUUUAUAUAUAUUUAGGCCUUCAUCUUAAUUUUCUGGACAUGAGUAAAAAAAUUUCAGUGUUGGUUGACCUAUAUUAUUUUCAUAUCUGCCUGUGAUGGCUUCUCAAUCACUAAGCUUGUUGUACAGUGAUUAUAGGUCAACUUUUAAAAGUUUCAGUGUAUAAUUAUAUUGGAUUGCUGUUAUUGAAACUAGAUAUUUUGAAUGUUCAAUCAAGAAAUUUUGUAGUCAAAACCUCAGAUUAAGGAUAAUUUCAACUUUGGUGACAUGUCUUCGCUUUUCUACAUAAAACUUUUGAAAUUUAGCUAGAGUCUUGAUUUUAGUACUUUUGAAAGAGAUUGGUAUACAGUAUAGCCUAGAAUAGUUUUCUUACUAUCUGAUGAGUGAGAAAGAGCUAAGAUAUAUAUGUAUAUAUAUAUACAUAUUUAGUUUUACAUAUAUGUAUAUAUAUGCAUACAUACUAUGUAUAAGUAUAUAUAUAUAUAUUUAUUAUUACUUUAAGUAUAUAAACACAAUAAUUCAUGAAAUUACCAAACCUACCAGUGUACAGAUACGUGGAGUUCAAACACUAAAUUGAUUGUGAAAUAGCAUACAUAUUAUAUGAACUUACAAAAGAGGCCAGAUAGAAUGAGCUGUUCAUCACAAUGGUGUGCAAUAUGUAUGUGCUCAGGUGGAGGCCCUGUGCAGUGCUUCAGCUAGUCAAGGUGUUCAGUUGAUUAAGGCCAGAAGUCCUGUACUACCGUUGCUACUGUUGCUAGGAUGUUAAGAUUAGGCAAUCAGAGAUAUCCAACUUUUACACUUUACAAAGAUGUUUGUUAUUAUUACACUUUGUAGGUUGUUGGUUCAUUAUUGCAUAAUUUAAGGAAAUGAACGAAAGGUCAGUGGGUUUGUUUAUAGGAAGACCACAGUUAAAUAAUUGGCAAAGUCUGUAAGGAAGGUAUUUAAUUAAUGAUAGCCUCCACUACCCUCCUAAUGUACUGUUACAUAUUUCUUUGAGCGACUGUACUUAUUGGAUUUAACUUAGAUUUGCAUACAUAUGUGUAAAAUUUAGUAUUUGAUAUGAUUAUGUACAACAGAAUUUAAUACAUUCUUUGUAUGAGAGAAUUGGAAGUUUCUAACUAUGAAGACUGGGAUGAUGAUAUUAUUUAAGAUUUGUUUGAUCAACAGGUAAUUUCAGAAGUUUCUAAAUUUAAUAAUAGGCUUUUCUUAUGAUUCUAUGUGAAUUUUACCUUUAUUUAGAAAUGCAAACCUUUUAAAUGUUCAGUGUCCCAUUGCAAGUAAGUGUCCAUAUUCUGUGACAUUUGUAGAUAGUUGUUGAGGGGUGGGCAGAAAGGCACAUCCCUAUUUUGGGCAUCAUGUUGAUGUCUUUGAAGUUUUAUUUAUUAACUUUAAAUAAGGCUUGUAGUGUCAGGAUAUGAGGUCCAUUAGAAAUGUACCUUUUUGGACUUACCCCGAAUUUCUACAUUUCCUUUAUGCUCAGAAUUACUACCUUGUUAUAUUAUAUGACCCUUGUUGAUUUCAUAAUAUUUUAAAUGAAUUAAUAUAUUUAUUGGUAUGUGAAUGCAAGAAUAUUCUUAUUUUGUGGAUGCAUAAAUAAAGUUUUCCUACCUUAAA